CACACACCUGCACACACACACACACACACACACACACACACACACACCUGCACACACACACACACACACACACACACACACACACUCAGAGUGUUCCACACAGGACAAUGUGCAACAUCUCGUUCUGUGAUGUGGACAGUAAGGUGGACCAGUUCUUCCAGCCCACGCUCUACAUCAUAGUCAUCGUUCUGGGGCUGCCUACUAACUGCAUGGCCCUGUGGGCUGCCUACAUGCAGGUACGCCAACGCAACGAGCUCGGCAUCUACCUGAUCAACCUGUCGGUGGCUGACCUUCUCUACAUCACCACUCUUCCCUUGUGGAUCGAUUACUUCCUGCAGCACGAUGACUGGAUCCACGGUCAGGAGAGCUGCAAGCUGUUCGGCUUCAUCUUCUACACCAAUAUCUACGUCAGCAUCGCCUUCCUCUGCUGCAUAUCGCUGGACAGGUACCUGGCUGUGGCAUAUCCUCUGCGCUUCGCCAAGGUUCGACGAAUCAAAACAGCCAUCCUGGUCAGCGCCAUGGUGUGGAUCAUUGAGAUCAUAGCCAACUCUGCUCCUCUCUUCCACGAUGAGCUCUUCCAGGAUCGCUUCAACCACACCUUCUGCUUUGAGAAGUAUCCCAUGCAGGACUGGGUGGCAGGGAUGAACCUCUACAGGACAUUUCUGGGCUUCCUUGCUCCCUGGACAGCCAUGCUGGUCGCCUACCGGGGGAUCCUGGCAGCAGUUCGCUGCAACGUCUCGACAGAACGUCAGGAAAAGGCCAAAAUUCAGCGGUUGGCUUUGAGUUUGAUCCUGAUUGUUUUGCUCUGCUUUGGACCGUACCACGUCCUCCUCCUGGUGCGGAGCAUCAUGUUUCUAAGGAAACCAUGUGACUGUGGCUCAGAGGAGAGCUUGUUUGCAGCGUACCAUGUAUCGCUGGCUCUGACCAGCCUCAACUGUGUCGCCGACCCCAUUUUGUACUGUUUCGUCAACGAGGGGGCGAGGAACGAUGUUGGCCGAGCCCUCUCAGCGUUACUGUCUGCGGCCUGCCACAAGGGCUCCUCUUCCUCACCAUCGCACGCUGAUAUACUGAACGCUGGCUCAGUCACCAUGGAAACGCCACUAUCGGCAAAGAAGCAGCCUUGUGUGUACGCUGACGGAGGCAAGACAAGCAGCUACAAGACAGAACUGGUGGCUCUGAAGGAAGAGUGUCUACAGAUGACCAUCCUCAGUGUUAGGAAGUGACUUGUACCUGGUGCUCAGGUUGGUGGGAGGAGGAAGCUCCUGACACGUCUGAUUUCUUCUGGCCUGACGGGCUGAAAUCGGAUGCACUCGUGGCUGCGGUAAAAGCUUCCACUCAGUGGCACUUCAAUAAGCCAGAAUGGGAAAGAGAUUGAUGAAGUAGACAUGACAUACAGUCUGUAGCCAUGGUAGCAGCCCCUGAGGGGUUAAAAUGCUCACACAAAGUAUGUGGAGUGGUCAUGUGCACAUCCAUCGAAACCUCAGUGGGAGAGGUGCUGGAUACAGAGAAAUCUGUGGAGUACCCGCACAGUAGAAGUGUUUCCACACCACAAAACAAAAAUGGAGGAACUACUUUGCUAUUUUUUAAAUCUUUACCACUAGAGGGCCACCACCUGAGGGCGGCAGCUGAAGACAGCUGUAGGAUUUAUCUUUCUGUGGCCAUUUUAAGAUAUGAUGCGAUUCAACUUUCAUCACUUCAGACUGUAGUGUGUCAGCUUCUGCACAGGUGUACUGCAUGCUAAUGUUAUCAUAUCAACAUGCUAAGUCAUCAUUAAUCCCAGAGUGCAGCUAAGGCUGAGACAUUAGCUCCUGAGGUCAUGCAGUGUUGGGCCGCAAGAAAUUUUGGUCUGCCAGUGGUGCUAUAUGAAAAGUCAGGGGCUCAGUUCUUAGGAUUUGGCCUCUGUGGACCCUAAAUGUCCGUACCAAAUUCCAUGCCAACCAUUCCAGAUGUUCAGCCACUUCAGUCUGGACAAAGUGUUGGAGCACCAGAACGACGGACCAGCUGACAGCCCUACAGCCAGGUCGGUGGUGUGGCUAACAAGGCUAACAUCAAACACAAUUUGAUAACUCGGAUAUUUGGACAAUUUAUCACUGUGCCAGGAGUCAUUCACGCCUACAAAGACAUUCUUGAAUAUUUAAGUGGAAUUAUUUAAACAGACCACCCACCUUAUGGGUGAGUAUUGGUAGCGGUCUGAGAGGAGAAACCUGUGGAUUCAGGCUGCUCGGACACCCAACUGGACAUAGGAGAUUGGGGUUUGAAACUUAAAUGUGCCACUUUGGGAUAUGAAAGAAGAGCGGAAGGGUAAUAAAAAAAGAUUGUAAAUUACUGGUCAAACACAUUUGUGAUGCUUGUUGGAAAUGUCUUUACUGUGUCUUUAGUUUGUGAAGGAAAUAAUGAAGCCUUAUGAAGUACCUCAGCUCAUUAACUGUGACAGAAAGAGGGAUUAGAGGAGAAGUGUGUUUCUUCUUUAAUGUGAGCCAUGUUUUUUUUCUUAUACUUUCAUUUCUACCACAGAGAGCAAAAUAAUCAGAAAUCAGUUCACAGAGAGGAUAGAGGAAAACCUAAAGUAAAGCCUCUUACUGCAUUAAGCUCAGUUUGAAAGUUGCCAAUACCCAUUAAAGAAUUGGGGAUUUCCAAGCUUGUUUUUUAUCUAGAAUGGCAAAAUUGGUACAUUCCCUCUUGAUGAAAGCGACACUGCUGACUGCUAACAUUAUUUGUCAUGUUAGGGAAGCAGAUUAAGAAAUAUUUUCCUGUAGUUUCAAAAGUAUGCAGAGAAAUUAAGACAUGUUUUACUGGAUAUUAUUGUAAAACCAUCUCCAGGGCUUGGGUGUGUGGCAAUGUUCAAAACAGCCAUGUAACAUUGUUGUUUUCAACAAUUUAUUUCAAAAUUACAAAAGUUUACUACAAGCAAGUCGCCCCUUUCGUAUGUGAAGCUGAUCAUUUUAAAUGUAAAUAUAACUGACAACUUUAACCACCAAUGCUGGUUUCCUUGCCAUCAUUUAUCACAUGUUUACUACUUUCUGAAGUCAUGAUGUCAAGUAAGAAAACUUAAAUGUGCUGCAUAUAUUUACCAUGAUUUGACUUCACACUGACAUGAAUUCUUCAUUUUCCUAGUUGGCAGCUUGUUCUCACGGUAAGUCCCAACACAAAGCGACCAGACUUUGUGUUGGAUUUAACAUUCGCAACAGUUGGGAUCCAAAAGUUAACGGCAGCGUCUGCAUGAAGCAAGAAUAAAUGUCACUUUGACAAAACGCAGAGUGGACUCAGCUGUCAGAGCAGAGGCAUCUUCAACUUCCAAAAUCAAGUCUGUGUGUUGUUUUUUUGCAAUCAAAGAAUCAGUGGCAGUAACAUUUCAACAAUGCAUCUGUUUACAUUACAGGAUGCCCUGCUGUAUGUUCAGAAAUAUAACAAUCACAUACUGACUUUCCUUCUGUGCAGUAUUACGGCUCAUAUAACUCCAGUCCAGCCCGCUGAUUUCAUGGCGACAGACAGGUGUACACGCUCCGCUUCCACCUCCCAGCUAUUACAUCAGACGGAUGGGAGAUUAUUUGAAAUGUGUCUCAGUGAUCCCAGCUUAUUUUUUAUUUUAUAUUGUCCUGGCAUGAAAGCGUUUCUGUGUUCAGUGCUAUGAUGUUAAGGCAGGUUUGUUUUUUGUUUUUUUCCGUCAGGUCCGGCCUAAGCGCUGCUCUGUGUACCACUGCUUUUGUUGUGCAUCUGUAUGUCUGUCUCAGAGAGGAACCAGGCUUCAUAACGUGUAUUAGUUGAUCGACAGUGUCAGUGAGAAAUAAAUUAUGCAUACGAAACUGUG